AUGGGGCCAGUCCAGUCCGCUUCUGCCAAAGAGCUGGAGCAUGAGAAAUGGGAAAAUAACCUGAGAAAGCAGUAUAGUGGACAUUGGCAUUGGUCCAGUGGCGUCAAGUUCAAACGCCCUCCGAAGCUCAGUCCCGAACAAUUUAAUGAUCGAGUAAUAGAACUCGAGCAUGAAUCAACUACUAUGUCAAAACGCCGAUAUCUCAACCCCACCGGAGAUGACGAACAUGAAAAAUUCCCUGACCUCGAUACAUAUUACAGCUCGACUAAGGAGAUUCCCCGUCGACUAGUUGUGCAAGCAACGAAGGACGCACGUAAUGAUUCUCGACCUCGGCACUGGGCUCACACUCAUAUUGAUGGAAGAACGCCGUUUAUCAUUCGCCUUGCGGAACUAUGUGUCAACCCUUUAGGCCUCGAAAGAUACGAUAGCGGUUAUGUUGAUGAUGACGAUGAUGACGAGGAUUCAGAACGGGUGAAACUAAGUGGUGCCAGACGCGUUUGGUCAAUCUUCCUUCGGAUAUUACACUAUAUCCUGUCUAUCUUUUUCACAUUGACCUUGGCUUGGAUUAUUCAAGGCUUGUUAUCGGUUCAGGUUAUCACGGAGCCGUGGAGCUCUGAGGGGUCGGAAAAUACCUACGAAGAAUAUGAUAACGUGCACUGGGACUGGCCUAAGCAUGCAAUCAACGCUCUGGAUCAGUCACCUGGAAACCCCCGACCGCAAUCAAAUAUCACAAGGCUCACGAUUCCUCGCCGCUUGGUCGUAUGGGACAAAGAGAAGAGUGAAUGGGUAGCCAGAGACACUACACAACUUCGUGAUAAGACAACAGGCAUUCUUCAGCCAUACAUAUUCCUCAGUUUCUCACGAGGAAAUUACCCAGCCGACGAUGAUACACUGAGACCAUUCUUUCAUAAAGUGGCUCAAAGCAUUCUAGAUCGUGAGAACGCUCACAGAGAUCCUAGGGACGCACCAGUUGAGGCUUUCUGGGUUGAUACAGACUGUGUCUCACAUGCUACUAAGGCCGAAGAGACUAGAGAUAUCAAUACAAUAUGUGAUGCUGUGCGUUGUGCGCGACGGGUGUACAUCCUUCUGCCAACAAAUGAUAAGAAAGAAAAAGAGAUAUGGGGGAAGCGAAUCUGGACUUUGCCAGAAGUUUUGCUCGCCGCGGAAAAGAUACGAUACUGCAUCACUCCUUCCUGGCCAGGAGAUCUGUCGAAUACUAUGCAUUCUACAGUCAAUUAUUUUGAGGACGUCGCAUUGACGGAUAUGUAUUCCAGUUUCUGGCCUCUGCUCCCGCCGGUUUCUAAAGAACCAAGUGGUGAAUGUAACGGGGAACGACAUGAAGACGCUAUUAGUCACCUUAUCGACCAUUAUACCAAUCGAACAAAGCUCAGCGAGUUACAACUAUUUACCUUCGCUGUUCAGGCCAUGGCUCAGCUAAGUGUGGGAUCGAAUGUCGAAGGAUACACCACAACAAGCAUGGCAUACGCUGCAAUGGGGCUUCUAUCUUAUCGCAUCACACCAGAUGACAACGAUGACACCUUUCAAGCUAUCGCCAGACUGUCUCUUGUCAAUGAUAGCAACCAGCUACUUGAGCGACUUCUUUGUUUAUGGCCUGAUUAUACUCCAACGGGGUCUGCUCAAAAGAUUGCGAAGGGCGAAGAGAAAUAUGCAGUCGCGGGUAGUGAGUCUCUUUUACGAAACAUUGCCGACCAGGAUCAAUAUUCUGUCCACCUAUGGGAUAUCCAGCCUUCAUGUGAUGUUGUUGGUAUCGGAAAUGACAAAUUCACACCCACUGUGAUCAUGGAUCGCUGCAAGGGAGUUCCAAUUCGGUGGAAGAGCUUCCCACAAGUGAGAUAUGCUCAGAACUUCCGAGGUUUUCGCGCCAAUAUCUCUCAGAUAGUGGUUUAUUGUGGUGCAUGGUUUCUACUUGCAGGCUUCAAUCUCUUUGCCACUGUCAUUUCAUUGGCGUUUGCAUCUGUUGACUCUGGGCAAACUAUCAACAUCGAUCAAUACAUGUAUGGUAUUGCGUUAUACGUUGGGGUUUCUUGGAUCAUUUCUUGGUUCAGCCCCAGGGCUGUACGACAGCUCUGUAGUGGUGGGUCCUCCGGUCUAUCAAAUCACCUGGUGGGCUUUGAAGGCACAAUGACCCUCCGAGACAUCGAGAAAUGUAUAUACGGAAACUGGAAUGCUCGUCUUUCUUACGCACCAUCGUCAACCAUAUUCUCUCAAGCGCUGCGUCACAAGAAAAUUCGCGUGGGCAUAGAGCCGCGGGAUAAAUUUGGAGAGCCAGAGGGCCCCGAACAUUGGAACAAACAAAGGAAGGAACUGGGAAUCCCAGACACUCAUCGCCUAUUCACAAUUGUCGAUACAGGAGACAUGAGUGUAUCUGUGAUUGCUGCUGAGCGACCACCUGUGGUAGCUUUGCUUUGCGGCCGCGAGGGAGGUAUGCUACGGGCACUUUUGUGCAGUUGGCGAUUCGAAACAAAUUGUCUUUACCGUGAAUCAGUCAUGCGCAUGCGAAGCUCAAUGGCAGAGCAAGCUACUCCCAAUGACUGGCUCAAGAUCAGUCUGGCCAGCCAAGGUGAUGUGGGACGUACUCGAAAGAGCUAUGUCCAGCAGAAGGAAAAUUCCUUGCGCUCCACUCCUUCACUUUUGCCACCUACUCCUCCUCCAAAGGAACCAGUUGUACAACAGAUUGCCACGAAGUAG